AUGGGGAAGGACCAGGAACUGCUGCAGGCGGUGAAGACCGAGGACCUGCUCACCGUGCAGAAGCUGCUGCAAAGGCCUCGGCCCGGGAAAGCAAAGCUCCUCGGUUCUGCAAAGAAAGUGAACGUCAACUUCCAGGAUACAGAUGGGUUUUCUCCGCUGCAUCAUGCAGCUCUCAAUGGCAACCUGGAGCUCAUUUCACUGCUGCUGGAGUCACAGGCUGCUGUUGACAUCAGAGACCAGAAAGGUAUGCGGCCGCUGCACUACGCAGCUUGGCAGGGGAGGGCGGAGCCUAUGAAGAUGCUGCUGAAAUCUGGUUCAUCUGUCAACGGCCAAUCAGAUGAAGGACAGAUUCCGCUCCACCUGUCGGCACAACACGGCCACUACGACGUGUCUGAGAUGUUGCUGCAGCACCAGUCCAACCCAUGUAUCGUGGAUAACGCAGGGAAAACACCUCUGGACCUGGCCUGUGAGUUCGGCAGAGUUGGGGUUGUCCAGUUGUUACUGUCCAGUAACAUGUGUGCUGCUUUACUGGAGCCCAAAAAAGGAGACACCACCGACCCCAACGGGACGUCCCCUCUUCACCUGGCCGCCAAGAAUGGACACAUAGACAUCAUCAGACUGCUGAUCCAGGCAGGUAUCGACAUCAACAGACAGACCAAAGCGGGAACUGCCCUGCAUGAAGCUGCUCUCUGUGGCAAGACUGAGGCAGUGAGACUCCUGCUGGACAGUGGUAUCAAUGCCACAGUGAGGAACACUUACAGCCAGACUGCGCUGGAUAUCGUCUACCAGUUCACUGCAACACAAGCCAGCAGAGAGAUCAAACAACUGCUGAGGGAUGCGUCAGCGGCCCUUCAGGUUCGGGCUCUGAAAGAUUACUGCAACAACUACGACCUGACCAGCCUCAACAUCAAAGCAGGAGACGUUAUUACGGUUUUGGAGCAGCACCCUGAUGGACGCUGGAAAGGCUGUAUCCAUGACAACCGAACAGGAAAUGAUCGGGUGGGCUACUUCCCUUCCACCAUGGUGGAAGUCAUCAGCAAGCGCACAGGUUUGGCCAGCACAGUCAUUUGCACUCAACAGUUUCAAAAGAUACCGCUGGUUCCCCCGGCGACGGUUGCCCCUGCCAACGCGGUAGUCAACGGCAACGACACCACGUUCCAUCAGAUCCAUAUCCUGCCUCCACCGCCUCCUCCUCCACCACAUUCCCAUCAGCCACUGCUUCCACUUUUCACUUCCUUUGGCUAUAACAGGUCGCCCGUGACAACACCACAGGGAGACACACCCACUGCCCCAGGUUGUCGCGGCUCAGAGGCAAGUCCUCACAGCUCUCCCACCCCGUCCAGUGGGCCCCAUGGAGGCUCCAACGAAGAGAUCUGGGUACUGCGCAAGCCCGUGGCAGGUGGAGACCGCAGCAGCGUGGGUAGUUCCGGCAGUGUCACCAGUGUGAGGUCGUCAGGCAGCGGUCAGAGUGUCGGCAGUGCGGCACACAUCCUCCAUGCACAGGCUGAGGGGGUUAAGCUUCUCGCCACAGUCUUGUCCCAGUCUGCCAAAGCUAAGGAGCACCUGCUGGAGCAGUCCAAGUCUGUGGACCAACCUGCAGCAGGCUCUGCCAGUUCCUCUCGGACAUCGAGCCAGUCGGCCUGUCCGCUCCAUGAAGCGCCGCCUUAUGACACCACGGCAACCAGGAAGGGGGAGGGGCCAGGCGAGGGGAAGAGCUCAGAAGCCGUUGUCCAAUGGCUGAGCAACUUUCAGCUGCAGGUCUACGCUCCAAACUUCCUGGGCGCUGGGUAUGACUUGCCCACCGUUAGCCGAAUGACCCCCGAGGAUCUGACAGCUAUUGGAAUAACUAAACCAGGUCACAGAAAGAAAAUGACAUCAGAGAUAAACAAACUGAGUGUCUCAGAGUGGCUGCCUGAUCAGAAACCUGCCAAUCUAGGAGAGUGGCUGUCUGCCAUUGGUCUAAGCCAGUACCACCAGGUGUUAGUGCAGAACGGUUAUGAGAACAUCGACUUCAUCACUGACAUCACUUGGGAGGACCUACAGGAAAUAGGCAUUACCAAACUGGGCCACCAGAAGAAGCUGAUGCUGGCGGUGAAGCGACUGGCUGAAAUGCAGCGCGGUUCAGAAGGGCGGGCCUCCCUCCGAAAGAAGCCCCCACCAAUCACACAGCAGCAGGAAGUCAUGUCAGUGGACAGCCCCCCUCCAGACGAGGUCAUGUCUCCAAAGAUGAGCACCUUCCAGGACAGCGAGUUGAGCACUGAGCUACAGAGCGCCAUGACCCAGCCAGGUCAGGAGGUCAAAGCUCAACGAACACGCAGUCUCAGCAAAGACCAUGAUGAGCUGAUGACAGGAGGUGGAGGAGGAGGUACUGGGCCUCCUAAGAAGGAGGCGCGGACUAUGAGGCAGCAGAGCAGCCAGGGAAGCACCUCCUCCCACAGAGGCAGUGUCUCCUCUCAAGGCAAACACCGUCACUCCCACUCCCAUUCCCAGCCUGCUCCUCCCUACACGCCCCCUCAUACCCCUACCAAGACUAGAACCUCAUCUUCUUCCUCCACUUCCUCUGUCCAGAGCGCAGCUUCCCCGCAGGCCAAACCCAAGCCAACCCCCCAGUUCAUCCAGGGGGAGAGACCGCAAUCGCCACGCCCACAGCCCCCUCAGUCUCCGACCCACCGCGGAGGUCCGUGUCCCCAGCUUCAGCCUCAGCAGCAGCAACAGCAACAGCAGCAGCAGCAGCAGCAGCAGCAGCAGCAGCAGCAACCUCUAGUCCAGCCACCACACCAGGCACACCCUCAGCACCACCCACAGACACAGGUCAUGGAUGUCAGGGAAAGCCAACAACCACAGGUCCCUCUGCUCUGUCUUCCACCAGAGGCUGAGCUGGCUGAGGGAGAAGGAGCAGAGUCUUCGGCGCUCCAGAAGAAACGCGCCCACAGCCUCAACCGAUACGCCGUGUCAGAUGGUGAGUGUGAUGAGAGGGCAGGAGGACGAGGAGGUGGAGGAGGAGAUGCAGAGGUAGUCGUAGGUCAGAGCUCAGUCAUCAUCGGAGGGGAAGGAGGUAAAUAUGCCACAGUGACCCACCGCGUCAGCCGCAGCCACUCCGUCCGCAACCAGGACAAGAACACCAAUCGCAACCAGUCGCAGUCCUUUGCUCUGCGUCAGAAGAAAAAAGGCCCGCCACCACCACCGCCCAAACGCUCCAGCUCUGCCAUCUCCAGCUCCAACUCCAACCUGAUAGAUGCCAAUGCACAGCCGCACACACUCACCACAACAGGGGGGAUGCUGGACGUGUCCUACCACCAGCAGCGGCGUGCCAGCGACCUUGGUGUGUCCGUGGACCCAGGUGCCGUGGAGACGAGCAGCAUGGGUAGUGUGAGGAGCAUCGCUGCCAUGCUGGAAAUGUCUUCUAUAGGGGGUGGAGCCAAAGGCAUGGCACUGCAGAAGAAUUUCCUGCAGGUGGGGAAAACACGUGAUGCCAUUGGUCUGGAUGGCGAAGUGGUGAACCGACGGCGGACCAUCAGUGGCCCCGUCACUGAGCUGGUAGCCGCUGCCAGGCGCAACCAGCCAGCUCCCUCAGCUCUCCCAUCUCUCUAUGUCCAACCUGAAACCUCGCCUCCAACUGUACAUUCCUCCUCCCCCCACCCUCCAUCCUCCCCCCAUCCCAGCUCGGGAGGCAGUGGCAGCUCAUCAGAGAACCUGCCGUUUGCAGAGGAGGGAAGCCUGACAAUCCGCCGCCAGGGUCGAGGAGAAGGAGAAGGACAGUGUGUAUUUUGUGUUUGUCUGCAGGGUGAUGGCGAAGGUCCCCAGGGAGACAGUGGUUACACCCAGGAAGACAUCUCCAGCGUUGAGGCCACAGCAACCUUAAAGCGACGGCCCCGCAGCUCCAAGCCCCACCCCAACGGCUCCGACUUCACCCUUCAGGAGUCGUCCACCGUCAAACGACGGCCCAAGAGCCGCGACAAGGAGCCCGAGGGCUACGCAGACCUGGCCGCAGCUAAUGGAGAGCCCGUGGGACCUGGGCCACCGAACACCACACAGCCAGUACCCUACCAGAACGGCACUGCCACCAUGAGACGUCGCCCGGUGUCUGACGCCGGAGUGACAGAGCAGCCACAGCCUCAACCCCAACAUCAGCCUCAACCGCAAGUGACUGCUGCUCCCCGCAGGGACAGUGUGGAUCAAGGAGCUCCAGUAGGCAUUGAAGGAGGUCCGCAGAGGAAACCAAAGCCACCAGUCUCCCCCAAGCCUGUAGUGGGCCAGAUAAAGAGACAAGGAGGUCCACAGACCCCCCCGCAGCCUGCCUCCAACAAGAGAGUGCCCCUGCCAGGCCCUGGCACGCCUGGAAGCCCAGUGGAAGGAAAGAAGAUCCCUCCACCGGUCUCGCCCAAACCAGUGCCCCCGCCCACGGCACCAAAACCGGCCAAGCUCAUCCAGUCCAUGACCAGUCCUCCCUCCCCGACCUCGGCCCCUGCCACAGUAAAACAGUACUCUGCGGUCGCUCGACAGACCAGCUCUCCCACCUCUUUCCCCCCUCCCAACACUCCGAGCCCGCCAAAUGCCAAGCCGAUGAGCCCGUCUUCCCAGAGCCCCCGCACCCCGCCGACCCCCACCACACCACAGACACCCCAGACUCCCGCUACUCCCAGCCCGACCCCGCCACCCGUCAAGCCCCCCCGAUCCUCCAUUGGGGGUGUGUCGGUGGACAGCGGGAUGGUUGGAGGUGGGGUGACGGUGCCGGCUGCUACGACAACACCGGACUUCAGUGUGGAUUCUCUGGUGCAUCAGAAGCUGGAGGAGACGAGUGCAUCUUUGGCUGCAGCUCUGCGGGCCGUGGAGGACAAGAUAUUGCGGCAGGAGGACUCUGUGGCGGAGCAGAAGACCACAGUUAGCAUCCUGGACGACAUCGGCAGCAUGUUCGAUGACCUGGCCGACCAGCUGGACGCCAUGUUGGAGUAACCGCAGAAACCAGUCAGCCUGUCUCCAUGGCAACGCUGCAACAGGAGCGACUCAGACGGCACAAUGGACAACAUGCCUCUCUAUCUCUCUGUCUCUCUCUCCUUCUCUUCAUCCUUCUCUUUCUGUCGUGCCCACCCCCUUCUCACUCCUCCUGUCAUCUGUCCAUCCAUUGCUGCUCUGGAAAAGUCUCUUUCAUCCACCUCUUCCUCUCAUGUCCUGCUGCUGCUGAUGAAUGUGAUGAUGGAGCAGCACCACAGGCCUGGACAGAGAUGUGGCAGAGAGAGUGCAAGAAUGAAGGAUGGAUACAGAGAGACACUAAAAGAGAGAGGCUGAAAAAAAGGACCAAAAACAACUGAUGGGGAGAGAAAAGUAAAAAAAAAAAAAAAAAAAGUCAGCAGACAGAGUGACGAAGAAAUGCAUCAAAAUGGAGGAGACUGCAAUCAAAACAUGGGUGUUUAAAGAACUCAUCCAGGACUCGAACAAAUAAACUAAACUAUUACUGAUUGAAAAACCAACUGUGUAAUGAAUCAUAGUAUGGUACAUGUACAUUCUAAGCAUGGAGAGUUUAUAUCUACUGAAGAAUUCCUGCAUUAGCACACUAAUAUAUAAUAUACCGAUGAAUAUGAAUCUCUAGCUCUUUGGUUUGAUGUCUCGGUUCUGUGUGGAAUGGUGACCUCUGGUGUUGUGACGAUGUAAAUGACUUGGUGGAAACAUUUUUAUCUGUGACCGAAACUAUUCA